GGCUGACGGCAACUGUCUUUUUCAUUCCGCUUCAAUACUGUUGAUCGGCAACGAAACACUAUCUGGUAUUUUGCGCUUAUUGACGGUAUCUGAGUUAUUCGCCCAUUCUGACUUUUAUGGUGAUCAUCCUCAAUUUACCCAAUUUGCUCAAGCCUCUGGUUAUUCACAGGCAGCGAUUUUUAGCAUUCUUUUAAGUGAUGAUUUGGCAUCAGAUGUGUACGCUGGAAACUCAGAUAAUGCUCCCCACGCCAUCGAAAGUCUGGCUAAUACUAGCGCAAAACCAUAUGUGUUUUCCAGUCAGUUUCACAUCCUCGCCCUUGCAUCCGUAAUUCGUCGCCCGAUAUUUUCUGUAUAUCCUGAUAUUCCUGGUUGUACGGCGAUAAAGAAUGCUUUGCAUUGUGUAUGUUAUCCAAGAGAAGGUUUCUUGGAAAACAGCUCUCUUAACGCAGCAGAUCCAGUUCAUAUUAUGUGGACAAGGGCCAACAUUUCUCCGCUACGUGGUUGGACACCUAAUCACUUUGCACCUCUAAUACCUUUCCGGAAAUUACAUCAUAGUACCAGUUUUGAAGAUGAUGUUAGAAGGGGAAGAAAGAAGAUGCAAAAAUUUUCGUUUGAGAAAAGCGACCGAAACCAAGAAAACCUAACUGAUAAGAAACAUCUGGAACAAACGACACUACCAAUAGAUUGCAGCAAGAACGAACAAUUCCCAUUAAACAGCAGCAACAAAAAACGCUCCCUAUUAAUCAGCAAGCAACUCCCCGUAAAAAACAGUGCCAAUCAAAUGACAGCAACAAAAAAGGGGUCCAAUCAAGCCACAGAAACAAACAACGGAUCCAAUGAAAUCACAGCAACAAAAAACAGAUCCAAUGAAACCACAGCAACAAAAAAGGGGUCCAAUCAAACCACAGCAGCAAACGGAUCAAAUGAAACAACAGCAAAAAACAACGGCUCAAAUGAAACAACAGCAGCAAACAACGGAUCAAAUGAAACAACAGCAGCAAACGGAUCAAAUGAAACAACAGCAGCAAACGGAUCAAAUGAAACAACAGCAACAAACAACGGAUCAAAUGAAACAACAGCAACAAACAACGGAUCAAAUGAAACAACAGCAGCAAACGAAUCAAAUGAAACAACAGCAGCAAACAGAUCAAAUGAAACUACAGCAACAAACAACGGAUAA